CUCGGACCGGCCUCCGCCCGCCAGUCCCGCCAGUCUACCCGACACUCCGCACUGCGGCGGUGUGCUAUCGCUAAGCUCCGUACGACCCCCGUGUUACAUUUAACCAACGUUCUUUUUAUAAUCGUCAACCGCAAAAAAUUGCGGAUUCACAUCCAAGAUUGACUACAAAGUGAUUGAUACAUUGUUAAAGUGUUGUGUAUAAAAAAACCGCGAAUUCUGUGAGUUUUCUUAAAGGCUUCGCCGCUAGUCCUGGUUAUAUUGACGUCGAUUUUAUCGUUCUGUCAGAUUUGGUGCAGCAGCUCCGAUAAGUUGCAAACCUGGAAAUUUUAUAGCCUUUCCAUAUAAGUGCUAAAAUGAAGAAAAACAGAAAUUGUCAGAGUGGAUGGUGGGUGGUGCUACUAACUGCCACGCUUGCUGUUCAAGUAUCGGCUGAAGCAGGAGUUGGGUUGUACAACUCCAAACUCAAACAAGUCACGACAUCCAGCACAUUGCGGUGGACAAAUCUCAAGAAAGAAUCCAUGAGCAACUAUGUCGUCGGGGCUGAAUCAGACCAAGGUCCGAUAUAUCUUUGCCGAGCACGUCAUGAAGGCGACAUGAUUCUAGGACAAUUGAAACCAGACUACACAUCAUGCGCUGUAUCAGGAAGUAAAAGUUAUAAUCUAUUUGAGGUGCUUGAAAAUAUUGAAAAUGCAUCGUUGAUCAAUUGGAUACCCUGGUUUAGGUUUCACGCCAAACCAAGUGGUGGAGUAGUUGUCGAUUCAUCCGUGGAUUCCGUUUUUAUUGGCAGAAUGAAGGCCCCAAGUGGAUUUUCUCAUUACAUUGGAAGAAUUGCCUAUGAAAAUGUUAUCGGCCAAUUAAUUACUUUUGACGAUAAGAAUAAUGAAAUAAUAGAAAACAGUGGGGAAAUACUAAAAGAAAUUGAGCCUGUAAGUUACAAGUUAGAGAAUGUGGUAUUGGACCGAGAUACUGAACAUGUUCGUCAGUCAGAACCCGAAGUAUUCGAAGAACGAAUUCUAAAGAAUGAGGAUGAAGUUGCUGCUACCGUAACAACAGAAAUCGAAUACGGUUACAAUUAUACGUUAUCAUGGGAUUACGGACAUGGGAUAGCCAUCGGGCUAAAUACAACCAUUGAAUUGGAUGACGGCACGUUGUUUCCACAAAUACAAUGGGCGAACCCAUACACAGAAUCGAGGCCCAAGUUGCUAUACAAACUCGAAAAACAUCUGGAACCUGGAACAGCAUGCAAUGUAACAUUUAGGGGUAACCUCACCAAUCGUGACGUACAGUAUACUGCUACAUUGGUCACUUACUACAAAGAUAACGACUCUCGAUCCAGACAAAUGAGAGGACAGCGUAUUGAAAACACUUUAGAAGUAGAAGCUAUUUAUGGAGAAAUUUAUUUCCUUGCAAACAAUACGUUGGUGCCAACAACGACCACAACGACUACAACUACUACCACCACGACCACGACGCCUCCACCAGAGACUGCACCACCAGUUCCUGAGGAAAAUGACGUGGCAGCUAUGAAGAAGCCCGAUCACCCUGAACAGAUGGACAGCAGUGAUAUUAAUGAAAGCGGUGAAGGAAUGACUAAGGGAUCGGUGCCAAAAGAAGAUAUUAAAAAGUCUGUAGUGGGCGGACUCGGCAGCAACCCCAGCGGAUCAGCCUCAAUGAAAAUUGUUACAUUCACGUUAUUUAUCCCAGCGAUCAUACUUUUACUUUAGAGAUUACAGUUGAAUUCUUUGUAAAUAGCGAGAUAAAUAUCAUUAAAUUUAUAGUUGCUUUGUCGUUUAUAUGUACGUACGUUUUGGCAACUGAGCUUGAUGCUGUUGUUUAUAAUGCGAGGCACGGAUAAAUACCUUUUCCUCGGUCAAAUUAUGUAAAUAUAAAUAUUUUUGUUUACUUGACAUUCCUGUUAUGUGAUUUCAUUCCAAUAUGUAAAUCGAGGAGCCAAAAUUAAUCGCAUAACUGUAUAUAGAUAUAUCUGUAAAUAGUUAACUGAUAUGGAAGUCGCAGAGCGGCAUGGGAGGACUGUCAUUAUAUGUAAUGACAGUGGAAACAUCGUAGAUAGGGAUAAUGAUACCGAGUGAAGUAAGGAACUGUUACCAAUGACAAGCUGUAAUAAAAUCACACAAACAUAUUUAUCUUGGAUAUUCUCAGGACAGUAAGCCCAUCGUUGUGAUAUCAAAAUGAAUUUCAAAACACAAAAUCACGUUUAAGGAAAAAUAAAACGUUACCGUCAAUAUUUUAAAUGUUGCAAUGUACAAAAACAAUAUUUAGACGUUUUCUAUACUUUAAAUACUGUUCGUUCGAUUAAUUUGUUUUUCGCUUAAGGCUAUAGCCAUGUUUUUGAGUAAUUGUUAAUUAUAUUCACUGUAAAAGUUAAGUAAUUUAUUUAACGUAUUCCGUUACCUAUUAUUAUUAAUACAACUUAGGACCUAAUUGAUUAUCAAACUCGUUGUUCCCGCUUCAUUUCGCUUUUUACAGUCUGGACUAUGUGUAUUUGUGAAUACAAUUCGACGAAUCGAUUGUUUGCAAUGAAAUAUCAAUAACUGAACCUUUUCGUUUUCCCGAUGAACAGUUUGACGCACAGUUCAUUUAUUUACGCGCAAUAGUGAUUAAGCACAUCAUUUAGUACCUCUUACCUUUUAGUAUUCUAUUUCCUAAUUUUAAUUGUUAUUUUUAAUUUUAAGUUACAAGAGUCUAAAGAUCCAGAAUUAUGAGAUAUUAUUACUUUAAAGCGUAUAGCUAGCGUUUUAUUCACAAAUAAUUUAUUUUGUUUUUUUUUUCUCUUUUAUUUUAGUUAUACAUAAGCUUUAGUUCAGGCAAAUGCGUAGUGACACUAGAAGGAAUAUUACUCAAAGCACGUGACGUGAGGUGUAACUGACGAUAACUUUGAUAAGUAAGCCAAAGUUGUACUUUGUAAGUUGCCUACGUUUGUUAUUAUAGGCGUUAAUCCAAAUUGCAUCCCUCCGUCGAAUCAACACACUAUUCUUGAUAGUUCUUAGAAACAUGUAUGUAGAUUCUAAUAGAUUUGGCAUCGUUUGGUAGUAGUAUGCUUAGCGAACUUUUGUCAAUGUGUAAAGAAAAUGGAUGAUAUUUUUGUAUGAAUUGAUCGAUUGUAAGUGUUCGCCUUAAUGGUAAGAGAUCUAUCUUCAUCCCAUUUAGUUUAUUUCGAACCUAGCGUUCUUCAGAAUGCUAAUUUAUAUUAGUUUAAUAACACACAUGGUAUAUUCUUGGUUAAUAAUAAUUUUAAAAAUUAACGUUAAAUCAACGUCCCACCUAGCGUACCAUUAUUGGAUAAGACUUAAAUAUUAUUAUUACAAUCAUAAUUAUAUUUAUUGGUCACAUUCUCAGCUUCAAAAUAUGUUUUGUCUCUGAUGUCGUAAAUUAAUGUUAGGAUUUAUUGCAAAACAUUUAAUAAUAUUUACUAAACAAAGCCGAGGCCUGUAUGUUCAACGUCUAAUAUUUAAGGAGAUUGCUUCUUCCCGUUAGGUAGAGAAUCUAUUCCAUAAUAUUAAGGCAUGUUCUAUUGUUGUACCUAUAAUUAUGUAAUUGAAAUAGACCCUGCUAAUCGGGUAGAUAUUUUAACAAUGAAUCUCGUGACAUCAACAUUGUUUUGCGAAGCAUAAUUGUGAUGUUCCAUGUAAGUUUACUUUGUUUAAAUUCAUU